GAAAUCUCAAGUAUAUUGUAGAUGCGAUUGUAUGGUACAGUACUCCUGACAAUGCAGGCAGUUUAUGAAAGAUCUGCUUUUACAGCAAAACUUGCAUGCACUUGAUGUUCUUAGGUAGAACUGGAUGAGAUGUGCCUCUUUAUCAUGUUCUGUGGGGUUCUGUAACUUCAUGCAGCAGAUGAAAGAUGUACACAAAACUGAACAGGAACACUCGCUACUGGCUAGUCUUGGUCUACACACACUGCGCCCGUCAUGGUUGCCCUAGUAUGACUCAGAGAAGCAGCCUGUCCCUGUGGUCGCCGCUGCCCCAGGGUCCCCCUGCUCCCUGCACCCGCUACAGGCACGCCUGCAGCUCCCACAAGGGGGACGUCUACCUGCUGGGCGGCCGCGAGAGGAUGGUGCUCAGAGACUUCUGGAAGUACAGCGUGGUGCGUAAUGACUGGACCAAACUGGACUGCAGCAGUGAGUGGGCUCCUGAAGAACUGGAGGGACACACCAUGGUGUCACAUCAGGGGAUUCUGUAUGUAUUUGGAGGACUGAUAGACUCUGCCUACACAGACUGGAAGAUGCCACUAUGGUUGUUUGACAUAGAGAAAGAGGAGUGGAGGUAUUCCGAGGGCCAGAUUCAACCGUCUCAGCCAGCACCAGUUAACAGGAAGGGGCACAGCGCCGUGGCCUUUGGCUCGGCCAUGUACAUCUACGGGGGAUACAUCGACAUCAGGGGGCCCUCGCAGGAGUUCUGGAAAUAUGAGUUUGACACGGGUGUGUGGUCCCUCCUGAGCGGCGUCCAGGCGGAGCAGGGUCCAGGCCCCAGACACGGGCACGCGGUGGUGGCUCAUCAGCACAGCAUGUACCUGUACGGGGGCCUGAGUGGCCUCCGUGAGCAGAGGGACCUGUGGAGGUGGUGCCUGACCAACCACACCUGGAGCUACAUCAGAACACAUUCCGGACCCUCUAAACUGGUGGGCCACUCCAUGGUGCUGUACCGAGACAGCGUGCUCCUGUUCGGGGGAGGCGAGACGCAGAACUCCCCCCUGAACAGCCUGUGGAGGCUCAACCUGCCCUCGCACGUCUGGGAGAAAGUGGCCGCCAUCAAGACCUCCAACCCACCGGGCAGAAUCCACCACUGUGCGGUGGGGCUGGGCCCUGGCUUCCAGUCGUCCGGCUGCACUACGGGGCUCGCAGACAGCCCCUUGGGAAGCCCCACCUCCAGCAAGUUCCGGCCCUUCAAGAACAAGCUGUCGCCGGCGCCCAGGCCACUGCUAGAGGGCGCCAUUGAGCUGCAGACGCUCCAGCUGGACAAAAGGGGGCUGAGGGACUCCGAGGAGGAUCUAAGAGAGGACAGGCUGAAGAGGCCCUGUCUCAUGUUCGAGAACCAGGACGCCUUCCAGAAGGACUGGGACAUGGAGGAGGUGUCGGACUGUUCGGAGGAGAGCAUCGAGCAUCACUUGCCUGAGGCUCUACUCGUGAUUGGGGGGAAACCACUAUUGGGGCAGGCAACCAUCUCUGUCUGGCAGAUGACCCUGUGAUACAGGAGACAACAGGACUUCUUUCCAACAGCACAAUAUUAUAUUUUAUUAAGAUUAAGAUAUAUAUAUAUUUUUAAUAAAGUUUUAUUAUUUUCUCUGUGAGAAAAUUUGAAAAACAAUGAGCCUGAUAGACAAGGUGUUUAUGGUGCACUGAAAUAAUGUAUUCAUACAGUUCUUAAAAUUAACUUUACAUUCAGAAAUGUUUUUAUUUUGGGGCCCAGCAAAAUGUCUUAUUGUGUCCCACAAGAAAUAAAUCAGAGGUAUGUUCAAAUGUGCAAACAUAGGCGAACAAUUGCAAACAGGUUUCUGUUUGCCUUGAGUUUUUGGCAAAAGUUUGCGAACACUAGAGAGGAGGUAGUUCUCUGCAAACAUACAGUGGAGCUGAACGUGAGCUUGAUAAAGUGUUACCAUGACAAUGGAAUAUUUACAGCAAGUAGUUCAAAUUGAACUGUUCAGAAAAAACAUGUUCACCACAAACGUUCGCCACUGUUUGCCACAUUUGAACGCAUCUCAGCUCUCACUGAGAUCUGAACAUUAUCUCCUAACCCCUCCUUAAGAGCAAUAAGAAUAGAUUGAGAAAAAAAAACACAGAAUGUUGAUAUCUUAAAUUAAACUUACAUUGGAGUUAUUGUCUCAGAGCAAGUCCAGUUUAGGUUAAACUGAAAAGCUACUCUUAUUGCUUCUUAUUUCUCCCAAGGAGAGUGUAGAAACAGGUCAGAUUAUUUUUCUAAUUUUGCUUUCACAUGGGUUGUCUCAGGUUAACAGUAUUUUUCAAACUGUUUGUAUAAUGAAUGGAUCUUUCCAAUGCACAGUUUAUAUGCCUGCUCUUAGCCACAUAGUUUUGAAGGUGUAAUAGGCAACAUUGUAACAGACUUUUUAAAACCAUGGACAGCAAUACUUAAUCACCUUUCAAUAAACAGACAAACCACACAUAGCUAAUAUAAUCGAGUGUAUCCCCUUGACACACAUAAUAAUCACCUCAUACAAAUGUUAUGGUUGCUGUUAAAUGUUGAUAAAGUAGCAUGCCUGUUUGCCCAGGCUACAUGGGUUUGUGUGUGUGUGUGCGUAUGCGUGUGUUGUGUGUGAGAGUUUUUCCUCUUGUUUGGCCAAUGUUGCUUAUUGCACCUGUAAGUCUGCUUGUUUACAUCAGACAGCAACCACUAACAGCACAAGCAUUUCCCUGGAUUUCAUUCAGCCAUAAUGGUCAAUUUCAAUUACUAAAUGAAUGGAUUCACUGUGAAAAUGAAUGAAGCAAAAAUGCUCACGAGUUCAUCCUAUCUUGCUAUUAGUAUUUUCAUUUCUGUGUUUCACCACUUAAUGUCACAGUUAUCAGUAUUAUGCUUUAGAACUGUUGUAAAUGAGCUGCAAUGCAUGAACCCACUGAAUCAGUUCAGCAUCAGUUUUAUUUGUGUUUACACUUAUGUGUUUUGUUCAUGUUCACACCAUAAUGUGCAUAUUUGGACACAAACGAACAUGGAGUGUAUUAGAGGAAGGUCGCCUAUGGGUUGUUUACAUGUGCGUUUACACGUGGAAGACAAAUAAAGGAGGGAGCUGUUCUUAA